AGUUUGACAACUGCUGUCAACUCGGUACUCCGUGAUCGAAAAGAGUAAAAAGAGUAGAGACCGAAGAAUUCAGGGGGUGUAAUAAGGAAAUAGGUAUCCGAAAAGGCCUCUUCAGUUUUUAUAAGUUUAAAUCCAGUUCCAGCCCCAAUACAAAAUAACAAUGUCGUACACACUACGCAGCUUGUUAAGGACUGUAUCGAGGAAGCUCCAGGUGCGUUCUUAUGCUGCUGAAGCUGCAGCACCAAAAGAGGGUGAAAUGGCUUUCACAUUUGCGGCAGGCAACAAGGUGUUCUAUGAUAAGCAAGUUGUGAAGCAGGUCGAUGUGCCGUCAUUCAGUGGGGCUUUUGGUAUCUUGCCUAAGCACGUCCCAACACUAGCUGUUCUUAAACCCGGUGUCGUUACAGUUACGGAAAACGAUGGAAAACAAAGUAAGAUAUUUGUGUCCUCGGGUACAAUCACAGUUAACGAAGACUCAUCAGUACAGGUUUUAGCUGAAGAGGCGCACCCCUUAGAGAACCUAGACCGUGCUGCGGCACAGGAGGCUCUUAGCAAGGCUCAGUCUGAAUUCAACUCUGCUGCCAACGAACAGGCUAAAGCUGAGGCCGCCAUUGCUGUCGAAGUUGCUGAAGAAAUCGUUAAAGCCGCAUCGGCGUAGAUUUCUGUCAGUGCCCUCAAUGUAUAGUUUAACAAGUAACAACUAUACUAACUAAUGAUCAUAUUAAAACGCAAAAUAAACACGUUCGUAUAGAGUA